GAAAUAUGUCUUCCGCAUAACCUAAAAUUAUUUGUUUUUAAAUAUUGUUGAAGUAAUUAAAUAAUUUAGGGAUUAAAAAAAACCAAGAUGAAGCAGCGUGCGUUAUCUUUAUCAAAAACACUUUUACUAAGUCAUAAUUCAAAAGGCUUGCCUGCUAUCAGAUGUUUAAGCACAAAAGAGGCGAUUGAUCGUCGUCAUCAUCUCUUCGAUUUGGAGAAGAAGCGGCAACUUGAGAACAUUGGGAGAAUAGAGAAAAUCGAAGUUAACUACAAAGGGGUUCCUAACGACUGCACGUUGAUUAUGAAUAAAGAUAUAUCAACACCUUACGACUGUGCAAGACAUUUGGGAGAAUGGCAUACAGAGUCCAGUGCGUUAGCAUUGCUCGAUGGAACAGUGUACUGGGACAUGCACAGACCUCUGACAGAGAACUGCACAUUAGAAUUACAAAGGUUCAACAUAGCGGAGCCGCAGCAAGUGAACAAGGCGUUCUGGCGCACGUGCUCGCUCGUGCUCGGCGCGUGCGCCACCGUCGCCUUCAAGGACUCCGUGCCCGUGCACUUACACAGCUUCCCGGGCCCAGACAUAAGAAGUGGUUCGUUCAUAUACGAUAUUGACCUUCCAACCCUGCCCGAUUGGAAGCCAACCCCCCAGGAGCUGCACACCCUCAGUGCGGAGUACGUCCAACUGUGUCGGAAGCAGCUGCCCAUCGAACGCCUUGAUGUAUCCCAGGAGCUUGCGUUGGAGAUGUUUGUGGAUAACCAGCAUAAGGCUAAGCAGAUACCGAGUAUUGCGAAGGCUACCGGCAAAGUGUCACUGUACAAAGUGGACAAGUUCGUGGACAUAUCGAAGGGCCCGCUGAUCAGCAACACGGCGCAGAUCGGUCGCGUCGCCGUCACCUCCGUGCACGCCCUCACCGGUUCCCCUGACAGCGAAGUGAAGAAAUUGUAUAGAUUCCAAGGGGUGGCGUUGCCGACUGGAGUCAUACUCAACCACUUCGCCUUCUCAAUUCUAACCGACAGAGCUAAGAAAUUGAACUCCGCUAGAUCUCCGAUCAAUCCAUUUGCCGAUCAAUCAAACCCAGCGCAAGAAAGUAUAGCAGCUCGCGCGUAAUGUUCGUUAAAUAUAUAAUUAAGUGAUACAAUUAGGUAUAGAAAUAAAAACAAAACAUAUUUAACUGAAUUUUAU